AUGUCAGGCAUGACGCAGGAACAGUUGGAGCGAGCCGAGAGGGCGAAAUUGGAACGUGAUUGGUUAUCUGUCCGUCGACGCGAGGAUUUGGAGUUGUCUGAUUUGGUCCCUCUGCCAGAUCUGUCUCCCCCUAUAGCCGAAGAAGAAGAAUUGUUAAGCAUACGUCCGUGUGGAACGAAUCAGACAUUUACUCGGUUUACCACUCGUCUACCUUCAUCUUCAAUCGGAGCGGCGCUCCAGCUGCUCGAGUUUUUUCACAAUUUCGGUUCUGUGCUGGAUUUGUACGUGCCCAACUCAUCAAAGUCACGUCCGAACAGGUCGUUGCUUUCGUGGCAAGUGUUGGAACAAGCACUCGUAGAUCCAGAUCCAUGUGGACCAUUGGCUGAUUUGUUUAUUAGUCUACUACUAGCCAUUCGGCGGUUUGAAACUGACUUGAGCAGUAGACGUGCCUCGCUCAACAUCCCUCCGGCGAUGUAUUCAGCUGCCAAUGUGGUUGCAUCGGCUGAGGUUGGUUCUCCGUUCAACUUGCCUGUGAUCAGCAGCGGAUGUGCACCAGAUUCAAGUGGUCUUUUCGAUGAUCUGCUCCUAGCUCCAGUUUCUGUGUACGAUCUUUCUGUGGAUGAGAAACUCAUCUUGCUCAACUGUCUGGUCGAUCAACUGCUGAUGCAUCCAGUUGUUCGGGAUCGAGUGGAUGAGCGGGCGGAGCGUCAUCGUUUUCUACGCAUCCGUCUUCGUAUGUUCAGAUGUGAACAGAAAGGAGUCACAGGUUCGCAAUCGGGCGAGUUCACUGAUCAUGCUGUCGAGCCAAAUGGCUCUGCCGGUACCAUAACCGGAGCAACAUCUUCUCCGUCCGUUGCCGAUCGACUGAGUCGAGAUCGUUCAUCAGCGUUUGAUCGCGUUGUCACACAACAGGUGAAAAGCGGCACUUUGGGGUCGAAAAAUGAACCCAAACCACUGUGA